AUGAGAGACAACUGCUUCUCGCGCUUAUUAACUACGUGUCGCAAAAAAGAAAAAAAAAUGAUAAUUAUCCCUCGAUAAGUUCCAAUCAUUAGCGCAUGACCCUGCAAAUGCUUCACCUGGAACACCGAUAUAUAUAUCCGAAUUCCUCAGUGCACGACGAGUAUGGCACUGAGAAAGAGGCAGUCUUUCACUUCGAGCAAACUUAUAACCUAAGUAGGCUCUAGAAACCUGCGAUGUUUAUUGGCAGUGCGGAGUUAUCCUUAAUCUUUCCCCUGGUUCAUUCCACCCUCAUGGUGAGAGCAGAGAUGCAUAAUGAUAUCAAGCAGAAACGAUCAGAACAACCAGGAUGCAGAUCCCAACGAUCCAGACCUCCUGCAACUCCGAAAAAUCGGCCCCAACUCAACGGGUCGUAUCCGGAGAUGACAAGCGACAAUCAAGCCAAGUGCGUAUCCCCGAGCCCUGUCCGCGUCGGGCGGAUUGCGAACCCCGCCGCCCCAACUCAGGGUUCGGGGGCCGCCCCUCCAACAGCACCUCCUGCUGGCCACCUUCUGGGAUGUAAUCGCCAGUUACAUCGCACCGUCGUGUGCAAGCCCUCGUGUUCGGUGUUCCAGUUCGCGGCUUGCCUGCUUAGGUGGACGGGAUUCGCUCCUUCGCUCCUUCUUCGGAUCAAGGGGUUCGGUCUGUUUCGAAACAGCCUCCAUCUUCAGCUCUGCUGCCAACAGCUUUUGUUCCGGCCACCCAGUUUCUUAGAGUUGAGAUCACUCGCCGAUAGCGCUGUGGAUUCUGUCUUGUCGUGCCACGCUCGGACCCUUGAUAUGGCCUAGUGCGCUUUUUAUCUUCCGAUCAGCUGCAUGCAUCCCGAACGACAUACCCCUAGUCAGUGAUAUCACUUAUGGUCGAGGCCCCUGCGGGCCAUGGAGGAUCUCACAGGGUCUGGCAGAAUCCCAGCUGUUCCGAUGCCGGUGCGCGCUGAGAGUAAGCAAAUACGAGCGUCAAGACCUCGAUACGCAACGAAUAGUCAUUCCCCCGACCCUUGUCAUCGCCUCGGACAUUCGGACGUGAGUCGCGACCACGGAUUCGACGAUCCCAUCUAGCCCCCGCCGCUUCGCUGCUGUAGUGAGCCCUCAGUACUCAGACUUGGAGGCUGAAACAAUUCACCCCCCGUGCCCGUGCACCGCGCUGCCGGCUGGGACAGAAACCCUCCGUAUGCUCUGAUUUGCCAUGUAUCGUCCUUCCUUUCGAUCGUGACAAUGAUGAUAGGCCACUGCCCGCUUGAGCCUCUGGUACGAAUUCCCUGGUUUUGGGUCCGGUCCCCGCGUGCUAUACUUUCCCCGCGUAGGGCGUGUUUGUCGUAUCGCUGGUCGUGGUGGUGCGGCAGCCCAGAGGGCAUAUAAACAGAAACUCGAUCCAUCGAGAGCAAAGGUGCAUCUGGUCCAUGCAAUAUCCUCAUCUUACCCCGUGAGAUUUCAACAGUAAGCCAGCGCAAUAAGCAAACAAUGUCGGCGUCGAACGGUGCUGCCAAGGGCGAGAGGACACUAGCCAAGCGGUCCGGAGACCUUUCUGUCUUCGAAACCAUCUCCCGAUGGCUCCCCCGCAGAAACCCCGACGCGGAUUACUGGUGGGACCUCACCGGUCCGCACAUGGCGGCAAUGUUCGAAGAGGCUGGGUACUCGAAGGAACGGCAGUAUGAGAAUUUGCUUAUACACUAUUACUGGACUGUCCCAUACAUGGGCUCCGCCCCAGCCCCCGACGGGUCGUUGAAGUGGAACUGCAUCCUGACAGGCAGCGGCGUGUCCAUGGUCUAUUCCUGGAAAUGGAACUCGAGCAGUCCCUCCAGCAAACCCGACAUCCGCAUCGGGUUCGAGCCGAUAGGGCCACACAGCGGGACCGCACUGGACCCGUUGAACCAACUCUCGACAAAAGAAAUCCUACACGGGUUCAACGAGCGCAUGCCGCUCUCCCUCGACUGGACGAACCAUUUCCUAUCUACGUGCUUUGACCCGGAGACCAAGUACUGGGUUGCGAACGAGAAGAGCGGCGUCCCGCUCGCGACGACCGUGAUGCUUGGCCAUGAUUAUUUGCAUGAUGGGUUGACUCUCAAGACGUACUUCUUCCCCCGGGUUGCGGGGGAGAGACUUUUGCCUUGGGAGCGGUGGGAUGCCUCAUUGCGAGGAGCGUUGGCUACGCACGGCGAAAACGCGACGUCCGCGCUUGAUGUCCUGUCCGAGUUCCUGAAGACAAAUCCCGAAGGGCAGGCGCUCAUCCCGACGGGUCUCGCGCUGGAUAACGGGACGACCUCCCCAACAAGCCGAACAGACUCGCGGGUGAAAUUCUACUUCCGCUGCCCGAAGACGACGUUUGCCUCUGUGCGCGAGAUCAUGACCCUCGGCGGGCGCAUCUCGACGCCGCAUCUCGAGGCGCAGUUGGGCAAGCUACAUUCUCUCCUCGAGGAAAUCACGGGGCUUCCAGCAAACUACCCCGACGACGCGGAUGUCCCUGUCUAUCAUGGCUUCGGGACGGGAAACUCGCCGCUGCGUCGGGCGGCGUAUUACCUCUACUACUUUGAUAUCGCGCCUGGUGCUGAGGUGCCGGAUAUCAAGUUCUACGCUGCGCUGAGCCACUAUGGGCAGAAUGACCGGAUGAGUGCGGAGGGGACGUGUCGGUUUAUGGAGAGAGAGGGGCGGGGCGUGUAUGUGGGGAAUUAUGUUAGGAUGCUGGAGCGGAUUGCGGGGGAGAGGACGUUGGAGACGGGGAAUGGGCUGCAGAGUUAUUUGGCUGUGUUGUUUAGGGGGGAUGGGGAGCUGGAUGUUACUAGUUAUUUUCUGAGUGAGCGGUGUUAGGUUUACCCAAAGGGAAGCUGAGCAUUGUCUUGGUUGGGUAUAGUGGUGGCGUUGAGAGGGAAGAGGGCUGGCGCAACCCAGCGAUGGAGAGCACUGCUACAGCUGUUCUCAGUAUUGGUUCUGUGGCUACUCAACUAGCCCAGGGGAACUUUGAACAGAGCGUUUCUAAGAAUAAAACAGUACUAUUCUCACUGCAUUUCCUGCACU